CUGAGGAAAUUAUAUCGCGUAUUGACCAUGCAGGAGAGGAGAGGAGGUGAGGAGAGGAGAGGAGAGGUGAAGCUGUUCACAAAGCGUGACAUGUCUAUUAGAAUCCACGUCUCUGUAGCGACUCGUCGUCUUGGCCACGACGCAGUACACAGACGGAGAAUCACAGCGGCUCACAGUGCGUCGCGCGCUACACGUGUGUCCCAGUGCCGAUAUUUGAACAGCCUCACGUCUCUCACGUCUUCUUUCCCUCACCGACAGGAAAGCACACCAGUAGAUAUGGGAAGUCCUGAUGUGUGGGUUGGUUCCUACAAGCCUCACAAGCCAAGAGGUCCUAUUGCUGCUAUGUACAGUGGUCCAGGGCCUAAGUAUGCUCUCCCAGGGUCUACAGGUCUAAAUGACCAUGACCCACAGAAAUGGAAAGCUCCUGCAUACAGUUUUGGAGUACGAUAUCGGCAACUCAAUGAGAACUGCUCACCUGGACCUUGCUACCUCAUACCCUCCAAUAUCACAAGAAAUGGACGUGAGGGCAACCCUGUGUAUUCGCUCUACAGUCGGCCUAAAGACUCUCGGCUUUUUCAGACCCCAGGACCAGGGACUUAUCAGCCUGAGAAAGCAACGAUGAAAACAUUUUAUUCUGCCCCUGCAUACUCACUGUCUGCUAGGACCAAACUAUUCCGCAAUGACCAAACACCAGGACCUGCUGCAUAUUUACUUCCCCCAGUGCUGGGGCCAAAAUCAGUAAAUAAAAGAUCUGCCCCGAGCGUCUCCCUCAGUGGCCGCAGCCAAAUAGGCAGCUUCGAUGAAGACUUGAAAAAGACUCCAGGACCUGGGACUUACCAGGUUGUGGAGACAAACCUGUACAGAUUUAAAUUCCCGCAGUACAGCAUUACCGGCCGCAAUGACUUACGUGGUGAUGGAUCCAAGAAGCCAGGGCCUGGAGCUCACUAUCCUGAGCAGGUGACCCUCACAAGAUCCAAAGCUCCCAGCUUCACCUUUGGUGUUCGACACUCUGACUACAUUGCGCCGCUGAUUUCAGACAUUGCUGAUUAAGCAUCACCCCACUCUUAUGUCUUAAUAAAGACUGUAUCAACAAAGAA